AUGGAAGAAGUAAUGGCUCAAAUAAAAAAAGAUUAUCCUAAUGUAUCAUUUACUCCUCUUAAACCAGGUGGAAAUGGUAGAAAACCAACUGGAAAUGGUAGAAAACCAACUGGAAAUGGUAGAAAACCAACUGGAAAUGGUAGAAAACCAACUGAAAAUGGUAGAAAACCAACUGGAAAUGGUAAACGACCAACUGGAAAUAAUGAUAAUAAUUCAGGAUAUGAUAUUUCUAAAUGGAAAGGAACAAAUCAAUUUAGUAAUGCAAUCUUUGAUAGAAUAUGGAAAGGAUAUAAUUAUGAUAACGAUAAAAACAAUGGCUUUAGAGAUAUGAAAAAAAGAGUAAAACAAAAUGAAUAUAGAAAAGCUCAUGGAGCUUCUCCACUUAAAAAUGAUCCAAAUCUUGAACGAAAAGCUCAAAAUUAUGCUAAUGUAAUUGCUUCAUAUGGACAAUUAGUUCACGAUCCAAAAAAUAGAGUUGAAAACAUGGGUGAAAAUCUUGCUCUUGGAUCAUCACGUAUAGGUCAUUUAGGAGUAAAAUGGUGGUAUGAUGAAAUUAAAGACUAUGAUUUUAAUAGACCUGGAUUUAAUAUGAAAACAGGACAUUUUACACAAUUAGUUUGGAAAAGUUCAACAAAUGCUGGAUUUGGUGUUGUUGAAAGAAAUGGUGUUGUUUAUGUUGUUUGUAAAUACACUCCACCUGGAAACUAUAACAAUGAAUAUCAAAAAAAUGUUUUAAAACGAAAAUUAUAA